UGUUAGCAUUUCUUUCGUUCUGGACUGAUGUUCUACUGAUACCUAGUCGAUCUUCCAGAACCCAACAGUAAAUACCGUGAUAAAAAACCCCUUUUUGGUGAAUAAGUUGUACGCUAGCUCGUUCCACCAAAGGGAAAUUUCCCAUAACUUUCAUUCUUCUCAGGAUCUAGUUGACAGGGGGACGGGCCUAAAAAAAUGCACAGAGAAAUAAUCAGGUCCUACGACUCUGUCGACAGCAACUGGACGUUCAUGUAUGUCCUAGUGUGCCUAAUUCCAGUAGCGUUUGUAGCCGUGGCGAUCCUUUCCAUGCGGCGGGAUAAGGCGACAAAACGAGAGAAGGACGACAUCGAGAUGGCCAUAAUGCAUCAGAGGACGUGGUUUCCAUGGAGGAAAGCAGCCUCCGAUUCCGAGCGAUCGAAAGACUCGCAGGGGCGGAACCCGUACGUGAGACCUCCGCCUCCGGCAGUGACGAAACCACCCAUCCUACCGGCGAAUUUCGGCAGGCCUGUCAGGACGAGUAAGCGUAAAGGGGUCGACAGCCGCACAGGAGAUAGAGGCGCUACACAGAUCGACACGGCGGGGCCGUCGCGGAGUAGGGGCGAACAUUCUCCGGAGUUGGAGGAAAGGUCUCUUUAAAGAUAAGUUCAUCAAUCAUGGAUAACUAU